AUGUCCGCCGUCGCCAUCGCCGAACUGCUCUCUGCGCUGUCUGUUGACGAGGAAACCCUCUACACGAUCCUUCAUAGCAUUAUGGAGGAGAAUCGAAGACUCAAAAAGCAGCAAGCGACAAAUCAGCGCAAAAUCAUGAAACUUGAGAGCCGUGUGGAGCAUCUUGAGGCAGCUGUCGAGAAGAAGGAAUGGCUGAUCGAGCAUUGCGUCUUGCACAUCGCCGAAACCGAAAUCGGACGGAUCAAGGAGCACUUUAAGGAGCGGGAGCUCCAGGUGAUCUGUGAGAUCGAGCUCGAGAGAACGGCGUGGAUGGCGGAGAAGCUGGCGAUGAAGAAGAAGCUGAGCAACGAGAAGCAUCGUGUGAGACAGGAGAAACGGAUCAGCGAAUUCUACCGAAUGAAGGCGGACGAGAUGGCCGAGGAGAGGAAGGCAUGA